AUGUCAUCCACAAAACCAAAUGUCAUAUUCGUAUUAGGUGGUCCAGGAGCAGGUAAAGGCACACAAUGCACUCGAAUAGCUGAAACGUACGGAUAUGUUCAUUUGUCUGCUGGCGACCUUCUUCGCGAAGAAGCUGCUAAGCCCGCCUCUACACUUGGUAAAGAAAUCAAUGAACACAUUAAAAAUGGUUCCAUCGUCCCGGUUGCUAUCACUUGCAAAUUACUCGAAAACGCGAUGAAUAACAGUGGCAAACAGAAUUUCUUAAUCGAUGGUUUUCCACGCAAUAAAGACAAUGUUGAUGGUUGGAAAAAAGCUCUGGAUGGGAAAGUCAACAUUCAAUGUGUACUUUUCUUUGAUUGUGAUGAAAAGACUUGUGUUGCUCGAUGUUUGGAACGUGGCAAAGCCAGUGGACGAACCGAUGAUAACGAAGAAAGUUUGAAGAAACGAAUUGUCACGUAUAACGAAUCGACUAGACCGGUUAUUCAAUUUUAUGAGAAAGAAAAUCUUGUCAAACGUAUCGAUGCGUCCAACGAUGUUGAUAAGAUCAAUAUGCAACGUCCAUCGAAUCGUUAUCGUGUUGGCCAUCAGUAUUCUCAUCAUCAUUCGCCUUCUCAUGACGACGAUAUCGAUUUAUCUCCUACGAAUUCAUAUUCUGAUGAGAAAGAGGAUUUCAAACAACCGAUGAGAUAUUCGCCAAUCGAAAUUAGCAACGAGUUCGAAUCAGCGAUACGAAAUCUUCGUCCAUCGGCAAGUCAACGGAAGAAAGCAAAAGCGAAUUUAAAUAUUAGCAAACAAAAAGCUGAUUUACCGCAGCUAAACCUGGCAAAUGAUGAGAAUUUCAAUGAACAAAAUUUUAAUAAGGAAAAUUCGUCGCAAGAUCAACAAUCAGGACAUUGGUUUCCAAAUCCAGAUAUCGGUCAUGUCGAUUCCGAUGCAUUUAUUCGACAUAAUCAUGUUGAAUGUUCUCAACAACCAAUGGAGUCAAAUGAUCAAAUUAAUCCACCAGCUCUAUUAACAACUUAUCCUCCAGUCGGAAUUUCAACCCGUCCAACUGCACUUGUUGCUCCAGCUGGUCCAGCUCGAUCGAUAUCGGCGUUUGUCGCUUCAACCUCGUCGAUCAAAACUGUAAACGAUACAAAUCUAAACACUCGAUUGAACUCAACCGAUCAACAAACAAUCACCUCAUCAACAUCCGCUUUUCAACCGAUAGCAAGUCUUCAAAAUCUUCUCAAUGGCAAAUCCACAAACAAAUCUGCUCCACUUCUCAUGGACAUUCCCCAACAUAAAGCACUAGUUCGUGGCCAACAAUUGACUAAAGUACAUAUUUCUCAUCCGCAAAGCCCGUCAAUUGUCUAUUUGAUGUUACACGAAGAUUUCAAUACAGCUUGUCGUCUCCUCCAUGAAAUGGCGGCUCAUCCUGACCUUCAACGCGAUCAAUCACCAACCUAUUCGUUCAAAGCUCAAGUCAAUCGUUUAUGCGCGUGCUAUCACGAAGGUCGUUGGUUUCGUUGUCGUAUCACACAAAUUUCGCCUGAUUUUUCUUCGGCGACCGUCGUCUACUUAGAUUGGGGUAUGACAAUUCCAAUGCAAAUCGGUCCGGAGUACAUCCGUCGUUUACCGAAUGAAUUCUACGCUGAACCGACUUGUUCAAUCAUGUGUCAUUUGGAUGGUGUGCCAAAUACGAACGAGUUGAUUCCAGCUGAUUGUCUCACUGAAUGCAUUGCUCUAUUGAGUGAAAAUGAAUACGAUGUGACAGUGAAUGGCUAUGAUAGUAAUUCAGGUGGAAAAGUAAUUCUGUCCGUGAAUGGAAGGAUUAUUAAUGAUCAAAUUCGACAAUUACUGGUACCAAAUAAAUUGAUGUCAAUUGAUGAUGAACUGGUUGAACAAUUUCGUCACGAACUUCCGUUGACCAUUGGUGAUGAAUUGAAAGUUUUGCUUAGUUCAUUCAGUGGUAAAGAUGAUUCAUUCUAUGUAUUACUUAUCAAUGAAGAUACUGUCGUUAUCGAUCGCGCUAUGAGUCAACUACAAGAAACUCAUUUUUCCAAUGGUUACACGUCUGAAACACCACAAAUUAAAACUCUUGUUGUCGCUCGUUAUGCUGAUGACGGUAAAUGGUAUCGCGCAUGGAUUAAAUCAGUAUGCAUACAACGGCAACAAGUCACUGUCUUCUUCGUAGAUUUCGGUAAUGAAAGUACAGUAAUGUUUGAAGAUAUUUCACCAUGUCCGGAAUCCGUUCGAACACUUCCAUGGCUCGGCAUACGUGUUCGUUUACUCGACGAAACGAUGUCCCAUGAUGAAUUGGCGGCAUUUUGGAAAAUCGCCGAAUCUAACUAUAUCUGGAUUAAGAUCUUAGAUAUACUCAAAGAUUCCUAUAGUAUACAAAUUAAGAUUGAUUAUACACUCAUACUCCGACAGGAACGAAUGAAAAUCUUAGAAGCAAAUCAAGGUGUUCAUGUCGGUGUACAAACUUUGUCGAACGAUCAAUCGUUGUCAACUAUUUGUCCAUCAAAUCACUCCGAUGUAAAUUCGAUCGUCACGGUACCUUCGCUUACUGAUCCAUGUGCCAUGGGAAACGAAACAUUGAUUCGAAAUUUAUUUGAAAUGAUUAGUAAUGAAUUACGCCGUCUUCGACAUCGUAUUAAUGAUAGUGAUGAAGCAUCACAAGAUCGUCAUAGUCAGUUAAUGCAAUUAUUAUUUUCAUCGGUUAAUUUAAAUAAUAGUAAUAAUUCCAAAAGACUUUGA